CCGAAGCAUCACCACCACAACCUCAAUCAUCCAAGAGAUGAGUAGUCGCGGCGGGAAACUUGCCCCCGAAGUCAAUCGCGCUCUGUUCGUCAAGAACCUGAGCUACACCGUUACUCCUGAGGAACUCUUCGACCUCUUUGGAAAGUUUGGACCUAUCCGCCAGGUCCGCCAGGGCAUUGCCAACAACACGAAAGGCACCGCUUUCGUCGUCUACGAAGAUGUCAUGGAUGCGAAGCAAGCCUGUGACAAACUGAACGGUUUCAACUUUCAGAACCGUUAUCUUGUUGUUCUAUAUCACCAGCCCGACAAGAUGGUAAAAUCUAAAGAGGACCUCGACGCCCGCCGGGAAUCUUUAGCGCAGCUCAAGAAGCAGCACGGCAUCGAUUGACAAUCCGACCGGUCCGUAGGCGCCCUGCAGAAGAAGACGCCUUCUUCGUCUGCGGGCCGGUCUUCCUCUUCAUCAUCGUCCUCGUCCGCCUCGUCCGAGAUGAAGACAAUCCUACGAAAGGACAGGUCGCCAGCCAAGGCCACUCCGCGCAGUGGGCACAGUCACACCCGAGCCGUCCGAUUUGCAGAAGGACCACGCGCAGCUCUAUCGUCGGCAGCCUAAGACCGAGGAUUCGACGUCGUGCCCACGGAGUGUAUCAUCAUUCUCAACUAUUAUCUCUUGCUACUCUUCUUCAUUUUCUCGCCUUGGCUGGCAUCUCUUUCAGCCCAUUUCUUGUUACCUUAAUGUCAGCACCACGUCAACGGAUCAGUCAAUCGCUCCCUGGGAAAGAACAAAUCAUGAAAUGCGAAAUUAUCAUCUAUGUAAAGGGAAUCCAUGGGCACGGAUUGGGGAGCUGGGAACUCAAAGGGUAUUUUUUUCGGCAAGUGACGAUAUGGCAAGCCGCGAACGAAGUGCUUGAUUCGGAAUUUGGACGGAGGCCUACCUUGUGGUCAUGUUUACUAGCAGUCUUCUCGUGCCCUCUGUGGCCUUAGCAAGAAAAGCGCAAACGCGUUCCCCCUUUUUUUGGCC